AUGUCUAGUGUUCAAUCAUCUCCACACGCUGCGGGUGUUGUCGGCGGAGGAGCAGCAAGCGAUGCAGGAGGCGGCGGAGGAUCGGCCACAACAACUCCUUAUACGACGCAGAGUCCUCCAAAGCGAUUUAGUCCAUAUCCGAUGACUUCUGCCCAUCAAAUUCGCGCCGGCGUCCCUCCAGGAAUGAUGGCUGUCGCCAACAACGGUCAAGUUAUUAUGGCAAACCAAGUCCAAAUUGCGAAUCCAGCUGCGUUGCAAGCGAGAUUAGCAUCGCCUUAUGGGAUGGUAGCGCUCGGAGGAAUGGGUGGCAUGGGCAUGGUUGCCGCUCCACAGCCCAUGAUGACCGCGAUGCCAAUGUUAGCCACUCAGAAUGGAAUGGGAAUGGCCAUGAUCAACUCAGGAAUGCCACAAAUGAUGCAAUACGUGCAGCCUCCCGCUCCUCCUUCUUCUUCCAGUGUUCAACAAGCAUACAUGUCUCCCGCCGUCUCCUAUGCCGCGCAACAAGGUGGCGAUACCACUUCAUCCAGCCAGACCGUUAACAACAUAACUAACCCGCCUCCUCCUCCAGCUGGUGCGCCGCCUAAAGACUCGCUAUCGGACCGUGCGUCGCGUACUUCCUCGCCCUGCGUCACGAAGCAAGAAUCAAAGCCUAGCACGGACCCUUACGAUUACAGCGAAGGCCUGCAAAACAGCAACAAAGAGCAACGCAUCGAAAUACAAAAGCUGCUCAAGGAAAACCAAAAGCUGAGAGACAAGGUGAAGAAGCUCUCGCGCGAGCACCACCAGGCGACCAAGUCGUACACGUACUUCACCGGGCCCACUAUCUUUCGCCAUUUUACGGAGAGCAAGUGGGUCAUCUACGAGCCGAACUUCGUGGAGGCUCUAACCGGCAGUGCGUUAGGAUGGGCAGAAAGUUUGAUGUCAACCUAUUUGCUGUUUAUUCCGUGGUAUCUUGCCUACCAACCUUUUAGUCAUGGAUUUAACAAAGGCGUGAUCGAGCGAUACAUUUCCAUCGGAACAACUCAUGCCAAAUACGCCGGUUUCUGCGCUGCCACUUGGGUGAUUUGUGCUACUCUUCGUGGCCUUGGAAGAACGCAGAAUAAAAUCUAUAGUCAGUAUCUCGAUGCGUUAGAAAAAUCAUCAUCAUUUACGAAGAAACAAAAAUAUGAGCUCAAGCAAAAGUGGGAUAUUACGUUUAGUCACUGGCUUGUUGACUUUGAAGCGAAAGAAAAUAAAAAUAUAGAGCUGGAUCUUCCUUCAGCUGGAGCAUUGACUCCGAUUGCUGGAAUUAUCGGCCAUACUUUUGCAAGAUGGAUGAUUUAUCCUGGCGCAACACCGUUGUUGAAUUCUCUUCUAAGACCUAUGAUCGAGCAAGAGAGAAAGAAACUUAUCGAAGCAGGAGCUCAGCGAGCCAAAAUCCUUACCUCAAACAAGCAUGAAAUCGACACACUUUUCUUCGAUCGUCGGCUUUCUUCCAGAGAAGGAGAAACGCUUUUCAUAACUUCUGAGGGGAACGCAGGCUUCAUGGAAGUUGGUAGCUUUGCCACUGUGUCAAAGUCUUCGUUCUCUGUUCUUGGAUAUAAUCACCCAGGUUUCGGUGGGUCCACUGGAGUGCCCUAUCCGAAAAACGAUGCAGCAGCUGUCACGGCUGUUAUUGACUACGCAAAGCACGAACUUGGCUUUACAGAGAGUCAGAUUGUAGUUUACGCGUGGUCCAUUGGGGGCUUCGACGCGACAGUUGCUGGCUCGGCGUACAAAGAACUAAAAGGACUUUACCUGGACGCUACGUUUGAUGACGUCCUCCCAUUAGCUGAUAAUGUUAUGCCGAAAGCUCUGGCGCCUAUCACUGAGAAAACUAUAAGGUCAAUUUGGAACCUCAACAAUUCACAUUACCUCUCCAAGUUCCCUGGCCCAGUCACAAUUCUUAGACGAAAUCACGAUGAAAUCAUGCAAAAAUCCCCCCGAAUCGUUGACGACAAUCGCGCGAAUCAAUUAUUAUUCGAUUUCCUUGACAAUCGCUACCCAAAUCUCAUGACAAAUCGAGCGAGGUCAAAGCUAAAAGAGUACCUGGCAAUCGGGAGGCGAGAUGAGGCGAUAACCUGGAUGCAGAGUCAAGUGGACAUUCCUAUGGCGAGAAGUAUCGUAGAAUCUUGGCAGAAUUCAAGAGACGCUUCUACAACUACUUUGGGAGACGACAUGGACGAGGAGCUAAAGCUUACAUUAAUUUUAUAUCUAGUAAAUAAACACUUUGUAACAAUGGAUGGACCCCAUGGUCAACCAGUUCCCAUUCAAUUGCUCGAUAUCCCGUGGAAAAUGCGCUAG